AGCAACAACAUUAGUAGAGCGAUGGUGAUGGCAGCAACGACACCAACAGCAGCAGCAAUGGCGGCGAUUAGUAAUUCGAUUGCCAUCAGUUGAUCGUGCUGCUCGUAAGGCGUUUGAAGCGAAAUUCGAAAUGUUUGCUUUAUUCUAAUACUCGGCAAAGUCGUGUUGUGGAUAUUUUUCUUUUUAAACCAUAAAAAAAAGUGUAGAAAUAAUAACACAAAGUGAGAACACGAAGUUCUAAAAAAAUAGAAAAAAAUAAAAAUAAUAAAAUCAUUGCCAAAAAAUAGUAUUUGCGACACCCACACGCGGUCACACUCGUAAACACUCGCGACGCAGCGCAGCGCAGCUGUCCAAAAUGACGUCGACACAACAAACUGUCAUUGUGACAAUUGACACAAAUGAGGGAGCAGUGGAAGAUGUACUGCCGGUGUUACCUGCCAAUAUUGGUCACUUAUUGGAGGAGCCUGUGGAUAUCCAAUGUCCCGCUUGUGGCAAGAAAUGUUCAACCACCGUGGAGCGACAGGCGGUGACAUGUAUGCAGAAAGUUAUUGCAGUAAUAAAUUUUUGUCUUUGUUGCAAUCCCAUAAGCUGGAGUGGUCGCCAUGACGUCAAUCACUACUGCAGCGAAUGUGGCUGCUACAUUGGCCGUUACAUAACACUGAGCUGGUACAAAAGGCAGCUGUUCAAAAUGCAACGAUCGGAUGUUGUUUUCGAGAACAGAUGGCAGCGUUUUCCCAAAGUCGAAAAGGAAGCGCUCGAUAAUAAAAUAUUGGCGAAGCAACAAGUGAGGGAGAAAGAUAAAUUAACAACAACGAAUGCGGAAAGCACUUAAGGGUAAUAUUUUAUUAAAAACUAUAAAAUAAAUAUAUU